GAUUAGUAUGUCAGCGGCUCGGAGAACUGACCCACUCAAUUUUUUAUCUCAGUUUUUAAAGUAAAAUUUUAGGAAUUCUGCCAAAAAAAUACUCAAAUUAACGUUUAAUAUCUCAUCCAUCAGAAGAAUGGAAAAUACAGGGAUCUCAAUGCAUAAAUACAUAAAGAAUCCCAAUUUUACAAAUCGGUGCUGAUGGGGCUGUACACCCUGAUCACGGACCACCCGGUGCUGGCGGCCACGGCCGGCUUCUUCGUCUGCCUGGAGGGCCACUACCUCUGGCGGCUGCUGGGCAGAGCCGUCACCGACCAGUUCUUUCUGAGACGUGUGGCGCCGCUGGACACCAUCCGCAACUACAGCAUCUGCACCACGACAGACCUGGACGCCUUCUUCCACAUGAACAACGCCCGCUACGCCCGCGAGAUGGACUUUGGCCGCUGGGGCUACCACGUCCGCACCGGCCUCUACAGCCACUGGCGAAACACGGACGUCCGUGUGCUGCAGGCCUCCAUGCUGAUCCGCUACCGCAAGGAGGUGUCGCUGCUGAUGCCGUUCGUGGUGGAGACGCGGCUCGUCUACUGGGACGACGCGAGCCUCUACUUCGAGCAGAAGCUGGUGACGCUGCACGACCGGCGCGCGCGCUGCGUCAGCCUCUCUCAGCAGCGCGUGGUGGGCUCGCUGACGCCGCAGCAGCUGAUGACGAUGGCGUUUGGCGCCGACACUCCGCCACCGCCGCCAUCCGACAGCGUACGGGCCUUCAUUGACGCCAACAGCGCGUACCAGCGAGACCUGGCCAUAAUAGAGAAACGGGAGCUACAGUGACACUGUGGCUCUUAGUGGGUGUAACGCAGUGGCUCGUAGUCACUGCUGGUGGAGUGGGCUGUGAGAGCCGAGUGAGAGGCGGCUUAGGACAGAUGUUUGAAUUGUGCGACAGUGCGGCAGUGGAGUGUUUCAGUGUAUUAUUGUGAUUUGCUUGUAGCUGUGUGCCAGAUCUAGGUUUUUGGUGUAAAGCUUCUGGUCUUUGCCUCUCGAUGUUAAUUCGAGAUGUCGCGUGAUAGAUCCGACUUUACGUUAACCUAGGUACGCCUGUCACUGAUGUGGCCCGGAAAGAUAGAAUCAUGCUCCCAGCAGUAUAGACUGAUUUUAACGGGUUAUUUAAUCAGCAAUGACGGAUGUAAUGUUGCUAGUAUUUUGGACUACGAUACCGAUCUCCAUGUUAGCUCACCCCUUCCAUGUGUUGAACAACACACAUAUAAUACGAUGUGUGCCGCUUUUAGAUCAAGCAUGCUUUCUCUUAUACUAUUUCCUUGCAUGUUGCUCUGUUUUAGCUGCUUUUGCUCAUCCCUUUCGUGCAAUAUGUGUCCGUCGUGUAGCUAAGCUUGUUUCUGUUUUGUUAGUUUUUGUUUUGCUUUGAGUUUUCUAUUUAUUGCGCAUCUUUUAAUCAUAAUUUCCACCGUUCCACGCAAUUGGCGACAUGACUUGCCAUGGAUUAUUUGUUUGUCAACCCAGCGUGCGAUGUUGUUUUGCUAUGAUUAUUUAUUGAAUUCUAACAACGGAUGAGAACUAGUUUAUGACAAAACUCUUUAUCCAGCUUAUUUCCUUGCUUCGUACCAUUUGACCCCGCGAUUUAUCCAUGCUAAACGUGAUGUGGGUGUUUGGUGUAAAACUGCCUAAUCUAGUCGCAAGUUCACAACAGCGGACAAAGGGCAUUACCCCCUCUGCCGAAGGUCAGCAGUGGGAUUGGGGCGGUACAUCCUCCAUCAAUUAAUGUUAGCAUCGCUUGUCGCUCUAUGUGAUGUCAGGCUGCCAUUAUGUGUCGUCUUGUCGAGCAUAUGCGUGACUGCCAACUAUCGAGCGGCGAACUACGGAAGAGUGGGCUGGCAUCGACUGCUUUCCUGUACGAUUCGGCAUUGAGGACCAAAUGGCAGGCGCCUACAUCUGAUUUCAUCACUGGCUCCACUGCAACAGUGCGCUCUGCUGAGGGGCGGCGCACUUCCGCCUAGUUAGUUGCCGGUCCGGACCAGAACCGUGACAGGUCUGCCAUCCUUCCUUGUUUCCGAGGCCCGGCUGGCGAAUAGGGGAGGACGGUGCAGCAUUGUCAGUGUAGCGGCGGUGGACUGUGAAAUGACAGACGGAAUUUUCCUGCAUCGUGUCUUUGCCCCGUUAGCAGAUCAAUACAGUCAUUAGAAA